AUGUUACCAACUCCAUAUGUGACUUGUGAUUAUGAGAAAGUUUAUGAACCAAGUGAAGAUAGUUUCCUGCUACUAGAUUCUUUAGAAGAUGAGCAACUUUUUUUAAAAGAUAGGUUUAAGAACAAACUUACGGUUGUGAGUGAGUUUGGCCCUGGUACUGGGAUUGUGCUUACGUUUAUGAUGCAGAAUCAUAUUCCGACAAUGGGAAAUUCAUUAUACUUUGGCUUGGAUAUUAGUCCAUGGGCAGUUAAAACAACGUUGGAAACAGCAAAGAAAAAUGAUUGCGAUAAGAGUUACUUGGAUUGCAUACAAACAGAUUUAGGAUCUAAUUUAAGAAAUAAUCAAGUGGAUGUAUUAGUAUUUAAUCCACCAUACGUUCCAGCUGAGAAGGUACCACUCGUUCCAGCUGAUGAAAAGGAUAUCCAUACAUGGUUAGAUUUAGCUUUGGAAGGUGGUAAAAACGGAAUGGUGGUGACUCAGAGAGUCCUAGAUAACCUUGGAAAUAUUUUAUCGCCUGAUGGAGUGGCAUAUAUAUUAUUCUGUGCUCAAAAUCGCCCAGAAGAAAUUGUUAAGGACAUGAUCGAUAAUUAUAGCUGGAAAGUUGAACUGGUUAAGCAAAGAAAGGCAGGAUGGGAAGUCCUUAGUGUAUAUCGUUUCUCAAGACGUUAA